UCUUUGUGUGGUGUCCAGAACGGGGAGAGGAGAAGGAGGCGGUGACGGCGUUCGCUGCGGCCCGGUCCGUCUCUCACCUUCCCUUCGGCGCCUUCCUUCGGAGCGGCUCCGCGACCCUCUUCCCCCCCCUCGUGCCGCGCGGGGGACGGGCGGCGGCGGCGGCGGCCGAGCAGGAGGCACGAGAGCGGUGGCGGCGAAGCUGCGGCGCUUGCUGGGCGUGGGGAAGGCCGGGGCCGCAGAGAUGGAGAACUCGCAGCUGUGUAAACUGUUCAUCGGCGGUCUCAACGUGCAGACGAGCGAGUCGGGCCUGCGCGGCCACUUCGAGGCCUUCGGGACGCUGACGGACUGCGUAGUGGUGGUCAACCCCCAGACCAAGCGCUCCCGUUGCUUCGGCUUCGUGACCUACUCCAACGUGGAGGAGGCCGACGCCGCCAUGGCCGCCUCGCCGCACGCCGUGGACGGCAACACGGUGGAGCUGAAGCGGGCCGUGUCGCGCGAGGACUCGGCCCGGCCCGGCGCCCACGCCAAGGUGAAGAAGCUGUUCGUCGGCGGGCUGAAGGGCGACGUGGCCGAAGACGACCUGGUGGAGCACUUCUCGCAGUUCGGCCCCGUGGAGAAGGCCGAGAUCAUCGCCGACAAGCAGUCGGGCAAGAAGCGCGGCUUCGGUUUCGUCUAUUUCCAGAGCCACGACGCGGCGGACAAGGCGGCCGUGGUCAAGUUCCACCCCAUCCACGGCCACCGCGUGGAGGUGAAGAAGGCCGUGCCCAAGGAGGACAUCCACCCGGGCGGCGGCGGCGGCGGCCCCCGGCCCGGCCGGGGCGGCCGAGGCGGCCGGGGCCGCGGCGGCGGCCGCGACCAGAACGGCCUGUCCAAGGGCGGCGGCGGUGGCUACAACAGCUACGGCGGCUACAGCGGCGGUGGUUACAACGCCUACGGCGGCGGCGGCGGCGGCGGCUCCUCCUACGGCGGAAGCGACUACGGCAACGGGUUCGGCGGCUUCGGCAGCUACAGCCAGCACCAGUCGUCGUACGGGCCCAUGAAGAGCGGCGGCGGCGGCGGCGGCGGCGGCGGCGGCAGCUGGGGCGGCCGCAGUAACAGUGGACCUUAUCGGGGUGGCUACGGCGGGGGUGGCGGCGGCGGCGGCUAUGGGGGCGGCUCCUUCUGAGAGGGGAAGGCGAGGGGGCCCCGUCUCUCCCGAAGAGCCUAGCCCGGGGUCGACUCCCAGAAGCCCCUUGCCCUUCUCGCCUGCCCACCCUCGCGGGGCCCAGCUCGUCUGCCGUCGCCCCCCGGGAAAGGGGGUUGCCCGUUCGCCUGCCACCUUCUGUCUCCCCCCGCUGAAGAUGGACUCGGCCCCACAUACACAUUUUGUGUUACAGUCAUUGAUGGACUCUAUUUUUUUAUUAUUACUUGGACUCUGGUCGUUUUUUAUACUAGCAGAUUGUCUCGUUUUAAUUUGUGUUUGGUUUGGGGGAGGGCGAGGGAGGGGCGUCUUGCUGAUUCUGUAGCAAAACCUGGUUGGGGGGGCGGGCAGGGGGGGACUUUGUUGUAAGGACUCGAUAACUGGCUACUGCAUUUUCUAUGAAAUAUCGGAUCCCAUGCCAAAUUUGGAAAGUUGUAAAAACAAAUCAAUUUUUACGUUUUAUUUUUAAUAAAUCAUUGUGUUUGACCGUAAAUGCCUAACACUUUUUUUCCUAGGAUCCAUUCCGAACGUUUAAGGGAUUUUAGUUUGGAGGGGUGUUGGUUUUUUUUGGUUGUUUUUUUUUUCCUCGUGUGCGUGCGUGUGUUAAUUAUUUUCCCUUUUGAGAUGUACGGGGAGAAACUCUCAAAGGUCCUGACUGUCUUCUGUGCUACCUUGAUAAUUAGUGACUUCACUGGAUCUCACCCCUUACCGACAAAACUUUUUCAAGUGGAUGUGGUUUGUGUUUAAGAGAAAUGAUUCGAACUUUUCAGUUGCCGUCCACUAUCUCGUAAGAGACAGGUUGCUUGGCACCCUGCUUAUUUGAUUUUAUUUUUUCCUUAGAAGAAUUUUGUCAGCGUAUGUACCGUGUAGUUUUGAAGAAAUCGUUUGUUACGCAUGUGUUCAUAUAAAGUGUUAAGAUUUUCAGAUGGGCUAGUUUUGGUCCUCCUGUUGGUUGGUCUGCAAUGAUUCGUUAUAGGUGAGGGUGAGUUACCCAUAACCUAAAGGCGUACCUUGCAUUUUCAGAGGAGCGGGUAGAAAUCUUUUUUUUUCCCUAACACUUGUUGGAACGGUUGUCCUCAUCAAAACCCUCUCCUUCCUCACCCCAUCUCCUCGGAGACCACAGUAGCCCCAUCUACUGGCAGAAUGGCCCCUAUCUGCAGUGUGCAGAUGAAGGUUUACCGGUUUGAGUAAAUAAAUUGCACUAAAUUUGGAAAUUGGUCAUCGAAAUAACGCACGGACCCAAAACAGUGAGAAAGGAACAUGUAACUAAAGAUGGACUUCACAGGGGUAUGGGUCCCGUCACCUAUUAUACGGCUGCUUGGACUCCAUCCAAACUGAAAAUGUAAAAACUGCUGUGUGUAGCUUGGGCCCUCGCCCCGAACUGCUAAAAUUGUGAGCCAGCUAAGUGUGCCAGUAAUUCAGGUGCCAGUUGUAAAGCAAAAUAUCUGUGUACUCUGCUUGACUAACAAAUGUAUAUUUGUAGCCCUUUCACGCAAUAGGAUUCAAGUUGUUUAUUAAAAAAGCAUAAUACGGGGGAAUACGUGGAUAGAAAUAGAGAAUAGCGACAUUUAUGGAUAUUGCAAAUAAAGAAUUCGAUUCUCUA